GAGAAUGGGAUCAUCGUUGUUAGACAACCUGCCUGCAGAGAUAAAAACAUAUAUUUUCUAUCACAUUCCAGAUUUUCCCUCCCUCAAAUCCCUGGUUCUUUCCUCUCCCUCAUUCCACGCAAUCUAUCGAUCUCAACGAAAACACUUUUUAUCCACUGUGAUUCAGAGAUGCGUUCAACUGCCCGUCAUGGUCGAUGCCAUCGCUUUCCUGACUGCCUUACGAGGCCAACAAGAACGAACACGCCUCGUCAUUCCCCCUCGCAAAGCACUCGAUGACUUUUUAUCCCACUACCAUCUACUGCGUGCAGUACUUCAGGCACCAGUGUCCCUGAUCGAACACGAAUACAAGGGCCCGGAAGUGAAUACCUCCGAUGUUUUUCCAAAUCUGGCUGAAGAUGACUUGAUCGAGAUGGCUCACCUUCACCACAUUGUACUCUUCCUGACUUCUAAGAUGGCCAACGACUGUUGUCAACAUAGACCGAAUGCAGAAACUCUUGAUGAAGGUAGUAUAAUACUGGCACCAUCUGAAUCAUUCCGUAUCCAACGCGCUUUCUAUCGACUGGAGAUCUUCCGCCUGCUAUUUAACACUCAAGGUCUGGUGUUGAAUGAUGGGGAGCCAUUCUCAAAAGAAGAGGUUUUGAGUCCAUCAGACCAAUCCGAUCUAUUUCUUACGAUUUUCAGUCCAUGGGAGAUGGAAGAGAUUCAAUGCAUUCGAGAGUUCAUAUACCGGGUGUAUGAAACCCUUCCAGGGGCAUCCGACAUGGAAACUGAGUUUGAAAAGAAGCACUUUCCUGGUGCGAUCCCAGAUGAGUUUGUCAUUGAUGACCGCCAUAGAGAUUCAGAAUGGUCCGCGGUCAAGUGA